AUGUCCUCUCGAUCACGAGCUUUAAUUGGGAGUCACCCCUCCCAGACUCCUACACGAUUUACGCCGUCUACACCCCAUGCCAUCCGCGCCCUUCAACAGCGCAGCGGGGCAAAUGCGCGCUCAGUGCGCAGGAGAAGAGCAGUCAGCGACACCGUCCGACCAGACUCAGCUAGGGGCAUCUUGAGACAAUUGGCUAAGAUUACUGCGCCUGUUACCAGAAAAGUAGUGCCUACACCUGAUACAGCGAGGGGAAAAGAAAACAAAACGCCGAAGGUUGGAAGACCUGUGGAUGAUGGACAGGAUGAAGAGCAGAAUGUCAAAAGACCACGCUUGACUUUGGAUAUCGAUGAAAGCCUGGAGAGCAUUGAGAUCCCCCAACCUGGGGACGACGAGGACAGUGAACUCCCGGCGGCUCCUACGCCUUCCAUCCUCCCGGAGGACGAUGGCGGCGAAAAUCACGAUCCAACAUUUACACUCAGGUCAAUUGAUUACAGGAAACAGGCGCAUUCGCCAGACAAUAGCCGCCGUAUCUCGAGACGUUCUUUUCCUGUGUCAGAUCCUGUCGGACAGGUCAGCUUUAAUGGAGGAGACGAGGAUUCAACAUUCCUGUCCGAGAGAGGCAGAAGGGCCGAAACAGUUGAGCCAACAGAAAAUCUAUCGCGUUACGACUUUGGGCUCAUCGACAUGGAUGGAUUCCAUUCUGAGCUCGAGAUCAGAAGAGAGUCACAUUACCAGGGUCUCCCCAAAAGUCCGGAGAAAAUCAGGAAUGACCUUGUGGAGCUCGAUCCGAACCACCCAUCUCCUAGGGAAGAGGGAGGGGAAACUGAGGCUUUGAGGGGCCUCCAAUAUCUUCAGAGAUCUCCAUCCUUAGCACCGCCUGACGAGAGCACUAUGCACAUCCCAGCACUCGAUGACUCGAACUUCCAAUUGCCUGUCCCAGACGUGGAAACCACCUCAAAAUAUGCUCAAGGUGCUGGAGAAGCAAAGCUUGUCGAAACAUCACCAUCAGUGGAUCGUCAACGUCACUCACAAGAAGUCUUCGAGCGAGAAGCAGAACCUGAAGAUGGACAACCGUCCAACCAAUCCUUGGUAGACGAAGAAGAGCUACGACCAGCGCCUCAGCAGCACCGUCGGAAAAAACUAAAGCUGACCCGCCACGGCGAGAUGGUACCGUCGUUGCCCUCAAGCCUGAUUAGACGGGUAGCCACUGAAGCACAAGCCCGCCUCGGCAAUCGCCGACCUAAGCUCGGAAAGGACCACAUACAAGCCCUUGAACAGGCGACCGAAUGGUAUUUCGAGCAAAUUGGCGAAGACCUGGAAGCUUACUCAACCCACGCGCGCCGGAAACGCAUCGAUCAGAGUGACGUCCUAAUGUUGAUGCAUCGGCAGCGGUUACUCCAGAGCGAUGGGGAGCUUCUGAAAGCUGCAAAAGAGUUGCUUCCCAAGGACGUUGCGGCUAGCUUGGAUCUCGAGGAGUUGUCGGAUCACUGA